AUGGAUUCUCAGCAAUCAGAACGGAGAAGCGCCCCAAGCCAGCCCAGUGAAGGAAGGAGGGUCCGUCCCCCCGGCCGUCAGAACCCCGCACCCCUGGAGCACCGCUCGGUCUGUACGCGUGGGUCGGAGGCAGCCGAAUCACCCGACCGGACGCCUCAGGGGCCGGCUCGAGCCGCCGGAGCUGCAGACUCGCGUUCCGAAGAGGCCACCCGCGCGGCCGCAAAUGCCAGGCGCCAGGGGUCAAGCCACCGUCCGAGCAGCCCCCGCCUUAGAGGAGACUCAGCGGCUGCCUCCGCCAGGCGGCUAAGCCGCGGGUACCGGCCAGGGCCCCGACAGCGUCCGCAGCCAGGAGGCGGCGGCCGGCGGGGUGCCGCAGCGCAUGCCGGAACUCGUAGUCCGGCCCGCGCCUCAGGGCCGGCGGCGGCGGAGAGAAGAACUACGACUCCCGAAGAGGAGCGCAGCCCGCCGUGGGCAGGCUGCGGGAAGCCCGGCCUGGCGGCCUCGAUCCCCACAACAUCCGGGCUCCGGCGCUGGAGAGGUGCGGCGGCCGGUUGCUACGGAGACGGGCUGCUACAACCACUCGAAAGGAUUCGCGGUUCACCCUGGAGGACUACUCCCUGGAUUAGGCGGAUUGGUUUAUACAUACUGAUCCAGCCCGCGGGUCAGCUUCUUUUUGCUGCUUUAAUUGGGUGUAGUAAAAAGGCCGCGUCUCCUGGGCGCUCGCUGGCGUUCUUGCCAUCCGCUACAGAAAAGGCUGCGUUUGGGGAAAAAAUAAAGAAGAUAUCGACAACGAGCGAGUACGACUGGGAUAAGAAAAGUAAUUCAGCUUCAAAUUCAGACACAGAAAUGAAACCUGAACAACUGCCUCCUUGUGUGAACCCCGGCAAUCCUGUAUUUUCAUGUAUGUUGGACCCAAAGACACUCCAUACGGCUACGUCACUAUCAAAACCUAAGAUGAUUAUGUAUAAAACCAAUUCAAGUAAUUAUGGUGAAUUUUUACCAAUGGCACAGUUUUUUCCUUGCAAUUAUACUCCAAAGGAGCAAGUAUUUUCAAGCCAUAUCAGAGCUACUGGAUUAUAUCAAAAUAACACUCUAAAUACUGCACCUGACAGAACCAGAACCCUUGAUUUUCCUAAUUUUCAGCACACUCUAUGAAUGUAUUCCUUUUUAUAUUUAAGAGAAAAUAUACUUGGGAAAAAUGAGUUUUAAAUCUAAGGCUAGAAUACCUGAUUUGGAAUAUAAAAAGACUUGAAUUAAUUUUAAAAAAUACCUUUAAGAAAUAAAGCAUUUCAACU